AUGGCCAGAAAAUCUUCAAGAAAACUCGUCUACACUCUGGCCUCUCAUUCAACACCUCUUCAAGGACAUUCUUUAGGAGUCAAUGCCCUUGCAGUUGAUCCAAAUCCUCCUCCUUCAUCUUCUCUUCUCUUACAACACCCCUCCAACUCCUACAUAUCCCCCCACAAUGACUUAGACCCAUCAUCAAUCUCAGGAACCCUCUACUCAGCUGGAAGAGAUGGAACCAUCGUUGCAUGGCAACUUCACAAUAUGGAUCUCCAUUCGACUGACUACCGUAAACUUUCUUCUGAUCCUCCAGAUACUCAAAUCUCAUCAACCCUACUUCCAAUAAACUCCUCCACAAACACUAUCGACUCUUCAGACCCUUCCUCAAGAGCCCUUAGACCUUCUCUAGCAGCUUACCUCGCAGCUAACAAAUCCAUUCCCAUACCUUCCCCACCACCACCACAAUCACAAUCACCACCACCAACAACAACAAUAACAACUUCCUCUUCUUCUUCUUCUCCCUCAUCAACACAACCCCCAUCUACUUCCUACGCAACAGCAGGACAAAUCCAUACAAACUGGGUCAAUGAUAUUCUACUUGUCAACAACAACCAGUCCGUUCUUUCAUGUUCCUCAGACCUAACUGUCAAGCUUUGGACACCACACACAGACUCACAAACCUCCAUUGGCCAACAUCGAGAUUACGUCAAGUGUCUUGCCGCCCCAGCAUCCAUACCAAACCCAACUACCGUCUACUCCGCAGGCCUCGACCGUACAAUCGCCUGCUGGGACCUCAAUCGGGCCCAACAAGUCUUUUCCUUAAACGUUGGUAAUAAUGAUAAGGGAUCCGUAUAUUCUCUCGCUGCAAGUCAAUCCUCCAUCAUUGCGGCUGGAGGCCCCGAUGCCAUUGUACGUCUUUGGGAUGCCAGAACUGCCUCUUCUUCUUCCUCUCAACCAUUUGCCUCCUUCUCUGGCCAUACCGAUAAUAUCCGCUCCCUACUCGUCUCAGACUAUGGCGACUGGGUCCUUUCCGCUUCUUCAGACUCUACCAUCCGUCUCUGGUCUGUAACUGCAGGCCGAGUUCUCCACACUUUUGAUAUGCACCAGGAUUCGGUUUGGUCUCUCUUUUCAACUCACCCCUCUCUCCAGGUCUUUUACUCCUCAGACCGCUCCGGCGUUAUUGCCAAAACUGACGUCCGCAACGUCGCCUCAGAUAUUGACGAAGAAGCCGUCUGUACCAUUGUUGCAAAUGAGCACAGCGGUGUCUCAAAAGUCGUCCAGGCUGGUUCCUAUCUCUGGGCUGCAACUUCAAAUUCUUGCAUCCAUCGUUGGAACGACUUUGAUACAACCCCCUAUGCUUUUAACUCAAAGUUUUUCCAGGACCCACCAAAAUCUUCAUCUUCUUCAACCUCUUCAUCAUCUUCUAUAAUAACACAUUUUGUCAGUACCGAUGGAGCGCCCACCCUCCGUUUCAACAAACUCGAUACCCCGCCAGAUUUCUCCAUCUCUCUCGAGCCCGUCUUUAUUAACCCAGCUGAAACCCUGCAGGGCAAAAUCGGUCUCAUUAAACACCAAAUGCUUUCUGAUCGUAGAAGAGUCCUCACCAUCGACACAGCUGGUGAAAUCGUUCUCUGGGACUUGCUUCGGUGUAUGAGCAUCCAGUCCUUUGGCACAGGACUCGAUCUGGACUCAGUCGCAGACCAUCUCAAUAAUGCCCCUCCCCACAAUGGUUCCACAUCUACUUCUAACUGGUGCCAAGUCACCACCCGCUCCGGCGAGCUCUUUGUAGCCCUCGACGAGAAUUCGUGUUUUGACGCAGAAGUCUACGCUGACGAACUUUGGCCAGAUUUUGGAGGCGAUGCAGCCCUUCACCAGCACUCUGAAAUCAAUCCUACUUUGGCUCAACUUCCUUCAAAUCACCUCUUUAACCUCGGUCUUGUGGUCCUGCGCAACCUACUGGCACCUCUAAUCGACGCGGAAAUCGCCGCCGAUCAAGACUACCGCCAAAAUCUUCAGGAUCACGUGCACGAGCGUAAAAAUUCAAAUGUUGGAGUGCCCAUUGCACAGCUCACAACAAACUCCUCCACAGUCACAACCACUAACUCAAGUAGUGCCAUUUACACAACUGCAACAAACUCAUCAAAGUCAGGCAGCAAGCACCCAGGGCUCAUGGGGAGACUGCGUUCUUCUUUUGGAAAAAAUAAAAAGGAUAAGAAGGAUGAGGAUGAGGAAGAAGAAACUCAAUCAGCCCAACAAGUGACAUCUGCAUCGGCCUCUGCACCACCACCACAACCUGCUGAACCCGAAGAGGAGAUUGUACUUAAGGACGUUCUUGAAGAAAUCCAUCAAAAGUAUCUUGAGCAAAUCCCUCCAGCGCUUGAAUCAAAUAACCCGUUUUUGGAUGUCGAGCCCACUCCGCCACCACCUUCUCUUAUUACCCCACCUCCACCUACGGAAACACCCAUUCUACGCAUUCCAGGAGCCUCCAAGAUUAUGAUUUCCCAACUCAUGCCAGGAUCCGAAGGCCUCGUCGAUCUUUACCGUGGAUGCGUCCAAUCUACUGCUGCAGAUAUUUCCAAGCUUGAGGCCGUGCUGCCCAAGUGGAUUGCCGACGCGGUUCUGCGCAACACCAUUGUGCGCCGCUCUGCAGUCAAGGUAGGUUUAGUUCUGGUGCCAUGUUCUCAAGAUGAACAGGUUGCACCUGGAAUUGAACCACUACCUCGCGUCUCAUGCACAGACCCACCAAACGGCAAUUACUACUAUGCCAAUGGUGGGCGGCCCACCACAGCAGUCAAUGGAGGCGGUGCUCCGAACCAGACUCAACCACCAACAGGUUCAGAAAAACUAAAUGCAUACCACAUGUUCCGGCCACAUAAAAUUGCUGAGUACGUGGCGACCCGGUUUCAAGUGGAGCGGCUGGCUGUGCGCGAAACGGAGCUUGAAGCGCCGGCAGAUACGUGGAUCGAGCUACUGUGUCAAGGUCAGGUGAUUCCACCGGCAAUGACACUUGGCACGGUACGCACACGCAUUUGGAGAAGCGGCGGUGACAUGGUUAUCAAGUACCGUCGGAGGGAACAGCAGCAGCAUCAGCAGCAGCUACAAAGUGCGUAA